UCCACUCCGAGGUGUGCUCUGCUCUCCAUUGAGUGGAACACGGAGAAGAGCCUAUCGACAAGUUUAAACGUGGAAAUAGCGUCCUGUUACUCCGGCGAUAGCCGACUUUUGUUUCAAACGGGAAGGAAUUUUUGGAGAACGGUGGUAGUCUUUAUUUCUCCCCCAGAAUAGAGCAGAAACUGUCUGAAUGUCUGAACGCAGCCCGUGAGCCUUGUUGUCCCGGGGGAGCCUCUUUUUUUUUUGUUUAGGGUCAACCUAACGUUAACUGGCGCCGUUUCCCUCAGCAUGGAGAGAGUAAUUGAAAAACAAAAUAUUCGCUAAUACUUUCUGCCUGCUGUGUUCGAGUCUGCUGGGUUAAGCUGUGAUGAGGAGAGAAUUAAACAGCGGUGAAGCGCCAGACGGAGACAGCGAAAGCUAAGCUCAUCUCACCAACCAACGGUGGUCAACGACCACAGCCGCCACCACAAAACACAGUCCUGUCUCCUCUCUCAUUAUCUACCUCAUUCCUCUCCCUCUGCUUUCCCCCUCCGUCAUCCUCACUCUUGCCUCUACAUGUGAUUUCUUUUAUUUCAUUUGUCUUUCUCCCUCCUGAUCUACCUCUUUACAUCCUCCCCCUCCCCUCCCUCUCUCCGCUUCUCUGGCAGGCUGCUCAUUGCAGUGAGUCAGUAUCAUGGAGGCAGGCAGCGGGGCUGCCGCAGCGGUGGGGAGCGCGGCACUAGGACUGCUGGGAGCCACAGCCACGUCCAGCCAUGACAUCUUGGACAGGGGCCUGAGGCCUGGACCUCACCUGGAGGACGACGAUAUUGUGCCUGAGUUGGCACACAUCCAUCCCAGAGAGAGACCUGACUGGGAGGAGACCAUCAGUGCCAUGGCAAGGAGUGCAGAGAUCCCUGAGCUGAGGACGGAGCCCCUCAUGCGCUCCUCUAGCAGCAGCACGGCCAGCAUGAAGGUCAAGAAUGUCAAGAAACUUUGCUUCACCAAGGGCCACUUCCCGAAACUGGCAGAGUGCGCUCACUUCCACUAUGAAAACGUGGACUUUGGCACAAUUCAGUUGUCCCUCGGGGAUGAACAGUGUGAAGUGACGCGGAACGGCUAUGAGUCUAAGGAGCUGGUGUACUUAGUUCAUAUUUACUGCCAGGGUCGAAGUUGGAUUGUGAAACGCAGCUAUGAGGAUUUCCGUGUCCUGGACAAGCAUCUGCACCUCUGUAUCUAUGAUCGACGUUUCUCCCAGCUGCCUGAGCUGCCUCGAUUGGACAGUCUGACUGAUCAGUCAGAGUCAGUUUCCCAGAUGUUGUUGGCUUACCUCUCCCGGCUCUCAGCAAUCGCUGACAACAAGAUCAACUGUGGGCCCGCUCUCACAUGGAUGGAGGUUGACAAUAAGGGAAAUCAUCUGUUGGUUCAUGAAGAGUCAUCCAUUAAUGUGCCAGCUAUUGCUGCUGCCCACGUCAUCAAGCGUUACAUCGCCCAGGCCUCAGACGAACUGUCCUUUGAGGUUGGCGACAUUGUGUCAGUGAUUGACAUGCCCCCAAAAGAAGACACCACAUGGUGGAGGGGCAAGCAUGGCUUUCAGGUCGGCUUCUUUCCCAGCGAGUGUGUGGAACUCAUAAAUGAUAAAGUGCCGCAGUCCAUGACCAACACGGUACCAAAACCAGCCUCCCCCUGCUCUGGCCUGCAGCCUGCUUCUUGGAGUCUCUUCCCUCCCUACUUGGAGAUGGAGAGUGUAAUACAGGACAGUGCAUGGGUGGCCGACCCGCUAAACCACUACAGCCUAAGUUCAGUGUCUAAGAAGCACGGGAAGCUGAUCACCUUUUUGCGCUCCUUCAUGAAGUCCAGGCCCACCAAGCAGAAGCUGAAGCAGAGAGGCAUCCUCCGGGAGAGGGUGUUCGGCUGCGACCUGGGAGAACACCUCCUCAACUCCGGUCAUGAUGUGCCCCAGGUCCUCAAGAGCUGCACCGAGUUCAUCGAGAAACAUGGCGUGGUGGACGGCAUCUACCGCCUCUCUGGAAUCGCCUCAAAUAUUCAGAAAUUGCGGCAUGAGUUUGACUCUGAGCAGAUCCCCGACCUGACCAAAGAUGUUUACAUCCAGGACAUCCACUGUGUUGGCUCGCUGUGUAAGCUCUACUUCAGAGAGCUGCCCAACCCCCUGCUCACCUACCAGCUCUACGAGAAAUUCUCUGAGGCUGUAUCAGCAGCGACGGACGAAGAGCGACUCAUCAAAAUCCAUGAUGUCAUCCAGCAGCUUCCUCCUCCGCAUUACAGGACCCUGGAGUUCCUGAUGAGACACCUUUCUCGCCUGGCAGCGUUCAGCUACAUCACCAACAUGCACAGCAAGAACCUGGCCAUCGUCUGGGCGCCCAACCUACUGAGGUCAAAACAGAUUGAAUCCGCCUGCUUCAGCGGCACAGCGGCCUUCAUGGAAGUCCGAAUCCAGUCGGUGGUGGUGGAGUUCAUCCUCAACCAUGUGGAUGUUCUCUUCAGCAGUAAACUCAGCUCACUGAUACGAGAGGGAGCAGGUCACAACUCAUUGUCGCGGCCCAAAUCCCUGCUGGUUUCAUCACCCUCUACUAAACUGCUGACUCUGGAGGAGGCCCAGGCCAGGACCCAGGCUCAGAUCAACUCUCCGGUCACGGAAGACAGCAAGUACAUCGAGGUGGGCGAAGGUCCGGCUGCCCUGCAGGGCAAGUUCCACACUGUCAUCGAGUUUCCCACCGAGAGGAAGAGGCCUCCUAUUAAAUCCAAGAAGUCUCCUGUGGGCAGUUGGCGUUCUUUCUUCAACCUAGGCAAGUCUUCCUCCAUGUCCAAGCGCAAGCUGCACCGGAAUCCCAGUGAGCCCAAUGAACUAAAGGCCAUGGCCCUCGCUGGAGGCAGAGGAGACACAGCAACAUUACGAUCCGCCAAAAGUGAAGAAUCACUGAGCUCCCUGCACAAUGUUGAAGGAGAGUCCAAGGUGUACCGUCCUCGGCGGCCGCGCUCCAGCAGCGAUGCCCUGUCAGCCUCCUUUAAUGGCGACCUGCUGGACAGCCGGCAGCACUGCAACUCUUACGAUAACCUGGACGCCACAGAGGACAGCGACGGCGACGACGGACCCAUCUGUGUGCCUGCCCUCAUCUCACCUCCCCGCUCAGCAGGUGAAGAUGUGGACCUCAGCCCGCCAGACAUUGGCAUGGCCUCCUUGGACUUUGACCCCAUGUCUUUCCAGUGCAGUCUCCCCGACACCUCCUAUGCCUUCCCCGUAGAUGACUCACCAGCUGGGGCGGAGAGCUCCACGAUAAAGAGGAGCCCCAGCAACUUCUGUGGCAAGACCAACGGCUCUGACUUCAUCUCCGCCACCUUCCUGGGCAGCCUGUUGUCCACAGACUUCAGCCAGGCUGCUGGAGAGAAGGUGCAAAGCAAGAAACUGACCACUUCCUAUUCUUACACUGAUAAACCCACACAGGCGGUGUCGCCUAUUAAAUGUGGGAAGACCGCUAGUUUGACAGCAUUUUCCACUUCAGAGCUUUUCCCUACAGAGAUGCCUGACAAGAAUACAGCGGGACAGGCUGUCUCUCCACAGCCAUUAUCUCCUCCUUCAGUAGCCAAGGAUUCUCCUCCCCUGAUGGGCAGUGUGCUGCUGAGGGCAGCAGAGCCAUCGCUCAGUGAAGCUUUCCAAAUGGAGCUCCACUCUAAGCUGGCAGCCUUUGACAGUGUGGACAGUAGAGAGCUGAAGGGACAGGACGGUGUACAGCAGGCGCCCGCUGCCAGCAGCCAAGAGCACCAAGGAGUCGUAGCUCUGGACUCUUCAAAGGACCUUACCCCUCGUUCCCUCAGCUCUACAGCUCCCUCUACUGCCCCUCCUCCCCCUCCUAAAAAUGCUGCCCGCAUGUUGGCCCUAGCCCUCGCUGAGUCUGCCCAGCAGGUCUCCAUUCAGUCCCAGUCCUCUGAGCACCCCACACCGGUGUCCCCACUGCAGCCACAGGACACCUCCACCUUCCAGGACUCGCCACAUCCACUGGUCCCACAUUGCCAUACUUCAGAGGAGGAAGUAUCAGGGAGGGGAAGUCCCCAGCCAUCAAACAGCACCGCUGCGACUGUCACCCCAGUCUUAUCUUAUCCCCCCAAUUCCAGUCCUACAGUCAAGCAGCAGCCACUAGAGUUAACCAGCACCAUUACCAAGCCAUCAGAGAGUGCCAAGUCCUCUACAACUCCACCUGUACCACAGCCAGAAAUGGACUCCACCCCACCAGAUAAUCCUCUUUACAAGUGUGUCCCACUCCCCAGUUCAACUAGCCUGACUUCUCCAACCAGAAAAAGUCCAGAAAGGCAGCAGGUCCCAGUCCAUACCAGCUCAUCUAGUACCACUCCAGCCACCACCCCCAGCGGCAACUACAAAGACACUGGAGUCUCACCACAGCCUGUUCCUGAGGUCAAACCAGAGGAGACUGCACCGCCCCCAAUCCUUCCAAAACCAUCAGAACAGCCACCUCCUAAAAUCCGAAAGCCCAAAAGGCAGGCUGUCUCACUGCCUCAACAUCAAACCCAAACUCCACCAACACAACCUCAUCCACAGUCUCAUCCACCGCCACAGCCUCAGACACAGCCUCAGACACAGCCUCAGACACAGCCUCAGACACAGUCUCAGACACAGGUCCAACCCCAACCCAAAACCCAAGCUCAGCCCGUCUCGAAGGCCAGCGCACGAGUGGCCCCCACCUCUGCCGAGCUUCAUGAGAAGCCUUGGGAGGCCAUAAAGCCAGUACAGCCCUGCACAGAGUCUGCAAAGUACCAAGACUCUUACACAACCACACCCCCAGCCCCUCCAGUCCGCACCAUAGAGAGCAAACUGGCGACAGCAGCACUCAGCCAAAGUGAAGCCUCCUACCAUAUCCUGGGUGAGGGACCUGGCCCAGGCCCUCUGGAGGACGCUCUGCCUCACCAUCCUCUUUCUCCUCGUAAAUCUUCCACGCACCAGCCAGCCUACCUGUACCAUGCUAAAGGAGAGCCACUCUUAAUUGAGCCUCCAGGAUCUGCAUACUACCACCAGAGGCCUGUUCCUCUGGGCCCGCAGUCCAUGCCACACCACUACCGGCCAGACAGCGUCCCCCCACACCUCUCCUUUGUGUCUAAAUCUGAGCCUCAGAUACCUUACAGCGCCCGUGUAGACAACAGAUAUAGCACUUUAGGCCCCAGGUCCUACCACCACUCUAUAAAGUCCAGAGGAAACCCUCGCAGUGUGUAUGUGUCUCCGGGGCCAGGGCAUCCGGGUUAUAGCCAUGACAGAACCCACGGCUAUCCCACCAUCCGCAGAGUGCACUCCCUUCAUGUUCCUUCUACUAUCCGCUCAGUGCCCAUCCAAAGGACUGAAGUUCCUCCAGAUGAUGAUAUAUUCUUUUACCACCGGCCCAUGUAUCAGUGCAAAGCCUACCAGCAGCCCCCGCAGCAGUCCUCACAGGCCGACUACCACGUCACCCAGCUGCAGCCUUACUUUGAGAAUGGACGGGUUCAGUAUCGCUACAGUCCAUACUCCGGUUCAAGCCCUUUGGAGGCGCCUUUCUAUGACAUUGACCCUUACGGCACCAUUCGUGUCCGGCACAUCCACUCCUAUGGCAGCCGAGAUCCUGGAGCCGUUGCUGGCCGACCGGGUGGAAAGGGGGCUGGGUACCACUACCUCGCUCGCCAUGUUCUCCCACCUGGGAAGGAGCACAGCUUUGUGAGCCGGGACAUGCCCCCCAGUCAUGGGACCAAGGAAGCUGCUGCUUACCUCGCUUGGGACCCCGAGGAGUCAGAAAGGCUCCGCAUGCACUCCAUCCGCAGGGAGAGCAGGGCCAGACAGAAGAUUAAAGGCCCUGUCCUUUCUCAGUAUGACAAUGUCGGCUUUUUUAUACCAUCCGAUAUAUCAGGGUAUGAAACCCUGCACCUGCGCAGUAAAUCUGACCCAGGUAAAGCUGUGCUGGUUGCAGCCGAGAGUAAAGAUGGGCGCUACCUCCCCAGACAUAUGGUGUCAGACCCUGACGUCCUCAUGUACAUGGAGACUGACAAGCAUGUCCAGGGUAGCGCAGCGGGCACCAAGUCAGACGGGCUCGCCAAGCCAAGCAGUUCCAAGAAAUGCCCGUCCUCUCACUCGCUCCCAGCUUCUCUGGGCCACAGUCUCUCCCAUCAGCAGGAGAGCGGCCGACACGAGGCCAAGUACGAGACUGGAGACGAGAAGCUGGGUGGAGACAGCAGCAGGUCUAAACACUGGCAGCCGGAGUAUACCAACAAGAAGAACUUUCAACCACGUUACGAGUGUCCUGAUUCUGACCCCCACCAGAGUAAAGCGAAAACACCAAGCGGCUACCACAGUACGGACGACCAGGCCACAGCCCCCAGAGAACAACUUGCCCGCUCCAAACCGGAGCGAUCACACAGCUUCCGAGAGCAGCAGCAGCAGCAGCACUACAGCCAGGGCAAACCUGAACUGGACAGAGACUACUCAUAUCAGAAACACAGCACUAAAACCACGCAGUCCCACUAUGAUAACUUGGAAGAUUACCACCCAGUACCUCAGCCUCAGGCCCCACGUGGAGGCUCCAGCUCCUAUCCCGCCCCCGGAUUCACAGUGAGCCAAAGCAACAGAGCGUACUCCACAGCACUGGGCCAGGGAGCCUUUCUCCAGACUGACCUGGCCAUGCAGAGGCCAGAGACAGAGAUACAUACAGAAUGAAGCACAGGAGGGGGGGAAUUAUCUUUAGCUGUGUAGAAGAAAGACUUUGUUGAGCUAUGGUUGAGCAGCCUCUGCAGGACAGUGGACUGAUGUAUCACCAAUAUUUUUGCUCCUCUGUAUUUUUAAUGAAUUGUAAAGAAAAUUUAAGACUUUUUACAGAAAGUCCUGAAUGUACCUGAAAUUAUUGUCCAAGAGGUCAUAUUACUGUGAUUGACUGCGACAGUAGCCGUUCAUAAAUGUACAUGAUAUGAAAGAUGUAAGGUACUUAACAGGAACCACAAAAAUGUAAAAUAUAUAUAUUAGAAUUACUAGUAAAAAGGGAUUUUUUUGUUGUAUUUUGUGUUUUUGUUUUAGGUGUGGCGCUGGGUAUGAGCAUCAACUGGGAUUAUGGUUUGCAUUUUAGAAAUGCAUGCACUCUCUAUGUCUUACAGAACAGUUCUGUGUACUUCACUAUCCAUUGCGUUCUUUCCGGAUGUUGCAGCACAAAUUAUUGAAGGAGGUUACAUGUAGGUCGUCACACCUUCCCUCUGCUAAUAUGUACACAUGUAGGUGGUAUGGUGCAUCUGUUUGUCUUUGAUAAGGAGCUGCAAUGGGUUAAUUUCAGUUAAUAUGGUAGUUAUCAUUGUGUUAUUUUCUUUGUGACUGUGCCAUUUUAUGGAACAUUGCUAUAAACAGAUUUCAAUGACUUCUAAUGGAAUGUUUGGGUACUUGUUUGUUCUUCAUUGGAAGAGGGACCAAACGACUUGGCGCAGUUGUUGCACAUACGGGGUAAAGAGGGGGGAGAUGGAUGCCCGUUGUACCUUUUUAGAUGUGUAAGGAGAUGUGUAAAUGUUUAUUUUUAUUUCCUUCUUUUUUUCCACUAUCACGGUACUUUCAUGAACUGGACUAACUGAAUAACAUUUCUCUCGAACAACGUGGGGAAGAACAUGUUGCAGCUGCUUUGUGGGAAAAGCAACUUGGUGAUGAGCCUUACAUUUUGUUCCUACAGACCAUAUUUUGUUUACUGUCAUUGUCAAGUCCGUUGUCAUAAUGCACAAACAUUGUGAUAUCUCUAGAUGUAAGUUCACUUGGGAUGAUUCAUGACAGUUCAGCGUCUCAUUGGUACUGAAUUUAAAACAAUGGGGAACAGAGGGAAAUGUUUUUUUUGUUUUUUUUUUCUAAUUAUAUCUGGGGCCAUUUCUUUUCAGGCUGGAAAUCGAUGUAUAGUACAUUCAUCUGGUAUUUAUACUACAUACCCUUUUGGUUUACCAUAAUGUAUGGAUUACAAUAUGUUUCAAUAUGUCUAAAUCCAGGUUGUACUCUGUACCUGUUUGACUUCUAUAUCGCUUGCAGGUUUUGCUCCUCUUGCCUUAUCUAAAGCCUCUUUUCAGAUGGGCCAUUGAAGUAAGGCACUGUGUACUUGAAUGUGAAAACACUCUUGUCUCAACCUAGAGGUAUCUAAAGUUAGAUAUGAAAUAAAUAAAACUGUUCAGGAAUAGUUAUAA